AGCAACACUAGCUUCCUGCGAGCUGCGAGAGCUGGGAAUAUUGAGAAGGUUCUGGAGUUCCUGAAGGGUGGAUUGGAUAUUACCACCUCUAACCAAAAUGGGCUGAAUGCUUUGCACCUCGCUGCUAAAGAAGGCCAUGCGGAGCUAGUGGAAGAGCUGCUAGAGAGAGGAGCCGCUGUGGACUCUGCAACUAAGAAAGGUAACACAGCGUUGCAUAUUGCCUCACUGGCUGGCCAGAGGGAAGUGGCCAAACUUCUGGUGAAGCGAGGGGCAGAUGUAAAUGCCCAGUCUCAGAAUGGCUUCACUCCACUAUAUAUGGCAGCUCAGGAGAAUCACCUGGAAGUGGUGCGUUACCUGCUUGAGAAUGGAGGCAACCAGAGCACUGCCACAGAGGAUGGCUUCACCCCUCUGGCCAUCGCUCUGCAGCAGGGCCAUAAUCAAGUUGUCUCUCUGCUACUGGAGCAUGAUACCAAGGGCAAAGUUCGGCUGCCUGCUCUGCACAUCGCUGCUCGCAAGGACGACACCAAAUCUGCAGCCUUACUUCUUCAGAAUGACCACAAUGCUGAUGUCCAGUCCAAGAUGAUGGUCAAUAGGACAACAGAGAGUGGGUUCACACCCCUGCACAUUGCUGCUCAUUAUGGCAAUCUAAAUGUAUCUACGCUGUUGCUGAAUCGAGGUGCGGCUGUGGAUUUCACGGCCAGGAAUGGCAUAACCCCCCUCCAUGUGGCUGCCAAGCGUGGGAACACCAACAUGAUCAAACUUCUUCUGGACAGAGGAGCACAGAUUGAUGCCAAGACCAGAGACGGCCUGACGCCACUGCACUGCGCAGCCAGGAGCGGUCAUGACCCCGCUGUGGAACUGCUCCUAGAACGAGGUGCGCCCAUUCUGGCCAGGACUAAGAACGGGCUGUCGCCGCUGCACAUGUCCGCUCAGGGAGACCAUGUUGAAUGUGUCAAACACCUGCUGCAGCACAAGGCGCCUGUUGAUGAUGUCACCCUGGAUUACCUGACAGCCCUUCAUGUUGCUGCCCACUGUGGCCACUACAGGGUCACCAAGCUGCUGCUGGACAAGAGGGCCAAUUCUAAUGCCCGAGCGUUGAAUGGCUUCACUCCAUUGCACAUUGCAUGUAAGAAGAACCGGGUGAAAGUGAUGGAACUGCUGGUGAAAUAUGGGGCAUCUAUACAGGCUAUCACUGAGUCAGGCCUUACCCCUAUCCACGUGGCUGCAUUUAUGGGUCACCUCAACAUUGUCCUGCUGCUAUUACAAAAUGGAGCUUCUCCGGAUGUAUGCAAUAUACGUGGUGAGACAGCUCUCCACAUGGCUGCGCGGGCUGGUCAGAUGGAAGUGGUUCGCUGUCUGCUGCGGAACGGGGCACUGGUGGACGCCAUGGCCAGAGAGGACCAGACGCCUCUUCACAUUGCAUCUCGUCUAGGGCAGACAGAGAUUGUUCAGCUGCUGCUGCAGCACAUGGCUCACCCGGACGCAGCCACCACCAACGGCUAUACACCCCUGCACAUCUCUGCUCGGGAGGGGCAGCUGGAGACCGCUGCCGUGCUGCUGGAGGCUGGAGCAUCACACUCAUUUGCCACCAAGAAAGGAUUCACUCCAUUACAUGUUGCUGCUAAGUAUGGAAGCCUGGAUGUGGCAAAACUACUCCUGCAACAGAAGGCACUUACUGAUGAGGCUGGGAAGAAUGGACUCACCCCUCUUCAUGUUGCUGCUCACUAUGACAACCAGCAGGUGGCGCUGCUGCUUUUAGAUAAAGGAGCCUCUCCUCAUGCCACAGCUAAGAAUGGCUACACUCCCCUCCAUAUCGCGGCCAAGAAGAACCAGCUGCAGAUCGCGUCUGCUCUGCUUCAGUAUGGAGCAGAGACCAACACGCUGACAAAACAUGGUGUCAGCCCCCUCCAUCUGGCCUCACAGGAGGGCCACGCCAAGAUGGCCUCCCUGCUGCUGGAGAGGGGCGCUCACGUCAACGUAUCCAACAAGAGUGGGCUAACACCCAUCCAUCUUGCUGCCCAAGAGGACAGAGCUGAGGUGGCUGAAAUCUUGGCCAAACACGAUGCUAACUUAGACCAACAGACCAAGCUGGGCUACACACCACUGAUAGUGGCUUGUCAUUAUGGAAAUGCCAAGAUGGUUAAUUUCCUUUUGCAAAACGGUGCUAACGUCAACGCCAAAACAAAGAAUGGCUACACAGCCUUGCACCAGGCAGCUCAACAGGGAAACACUCACAUCAUCAAUGUUUUGCUACAGCAUGGAGCCAAACCCAAUGCCGUCACUGUGAAUGGAAACACAGCCCUGUCUAUUGCCAGACGCUUGGGCUACAUUUCCGUGGUGGACACACUGAAAGUUGUUACGGAAGAGGUCAUUACCAAAACAACUAUGGUAACUGAGAAACACAAACUGAAUGUUCCAGAAACGAUGAUGGAAGUUCUUGAUGUGUCUGAUGAAGAGGGUGAGCAAAACUAUUUUUUUCAGACAAAUAACACUUUUUGGUGUAAAAUUGUUUUUCUAGGCGAGGACACCAUGACGGGUGAUGGGGGGGAGUACCUGAGAGCAGAGGACCUCAGAGAACUAGGGGAUGACUCACUCCCUGGGCAGUACCUGGAUGGUAUGAGUUACCUCAGUCACAACCUGGACAGGUCCCACCCAACUCCACCCCACCAUGACUACACUCAGAAGGAGAGUGUUUUGAUUGAGGACAUGAUCUCCAGUCAGCAGAUGUCAGUUCUCUCUAGAGAGACAGAAAAGGACUGUUACCGCAUGAGCUGGGGAGCAGAGCACUUGGACAAUGUGAUGCUCACAAGUACCCUGCUGCACUCAGGGUCCACCUCAUGUCUUGACAAUGACAACAGCAGUUUCCUGGUAAGUUUCAUGGUCGAUGCCAGGGGUGGAACCAUGCGCGGUUGCCGUCACAAUGGCUUGCGCAUCAUUGUCCCACCACGGAAGUGCUCAGCACCCACACGGGUGACCUGCCGCCUGGUGAAGAGGCACAGACUGGCCUGCAUGCCCCCCAUGGUGGAGGGAGAAGGACUGGCCAGCAGGAUUAUAGAAGUUGGCCCUAUUGGAACACAAUUCCUAGGCAAACUCCACCUCCCUGCAGCCCCUCCCCCUCUUAAUGAGGGCGAGAGUCUGGUCAGCAGAAUUCUACAGCUGGGUCCACCUGGGACUAAAUUCCUGGGGCCUGUGAUUGUGGAAAUCCCUCACUUUGCGGCUCUGCGGGGGACAGAACGGGAACUUGUGAUCUUACGCAGUGAAACAGGGGAGAGCUGGAGGGAGCACCACUGUGAACACACAGAGGAGGAACUCAACCAGAUUCUGAAUGGCAUGGAUGAAGAGCUGGAUGCUCCAGAGGAGCUUGAGAAGAAGAGGAUCUGUCGGAUCAUCACCAGAGAUUUUCCACAGUACUUUGCUGUGGUUUCGCGCAUCAAACAGGACAGUCACCUGAUUGGGCCAGAGGGUGGUGUUUUAAGCAGUUCUUUGGUGCCCCAGGUCCAGGCCAUCUUCCCAGAGGGAGCCCUCACUAAGAGGAUCCGUGUGGGCCUCCAGGUCCAGCCAAUUGACGUGGAACUGGUGAGAAGAAUUUUGGGUAAUAAGGCUACAUUCAGCCCUAUUGUUACCUUGGAGCCCAGGAGGAGGAAGUUCCACAAACCAAUUACUAUGACAAUCCCAGUCCCCAGUACCUCAACCAAUGAUGCAGCAAAUAGUGAGUUUGGAGGAGACAGUCCAACCCUGAGACUGCUGUGUAGCAUAACUGGUGGAACCACUCCAGCCCAAUGGGAGGACAUUACAGGAUCCACACCUCUAACAUUUGUCAACAAAUGUGUGUCUUUCACAACUAAUGUAUCAGCAAGGUUCUGGCUGAUAGACUGCAGACAGAUCCAGGAGUCAAUGAACUUUGGCACUCAAGUGUAUCAAGAGAUUAUCUGUGUACCCUACAUGGCCAAAUUUGUAAUCUUUGCCAAAACGUUGGAUCCAAUUGAAGCACGACUUCGCUGCUUCUGCAUGACCGAUGACAAAAUGGACAAGACCCUGGAGCAGCAGGAGAAUUUCACUGAGGUGGCACGAAGUCGAGAUGUAGAGGUACUUGAGGGAAAGCCCAUCUAUGCAGACUGUUUUGGUAACCUGGUGCCUUUGACCAAAAGUGGACAACACCACGUGUUCAGCUUCUUUGCAUUCAAGGAGAACAGGCUGGCGCUUUUUGUUAAAAUUCGUGACAGCACUCAAGAGCCAUGUGGUCGGUUGUCUUUCACAAAGGAACCACGGACUUACAGGAGCCUCCAUCACAAUGCAAUAUGCAAUCUGAAUAUCACACUGCCAAUUUAUUCAAAGGAAUCUGAUUCAGACCAAGAUGCAGAUGAAGAGAGUGACAAGACACAUGAAAAAUAUGGUGGUGAAACUGAAUCAACAGAAUUUUCCACUCUGCAAAUUAACAUGAUUCAUGACCCAGCCACAUUGGCUAGUCCUGAUCUGCUGUCUGAAGUAUCUGAAAUGAAGGAGGACCUUAUGAAAAUAUCAACUAUCCUCACAACUGACUCAGUAGAAGAACUGUAUUCAACACAUAAAGAAGAGGAAUCAAGAACAGGAAGAGUGAAUGAGGAGCCCAAAGGGUCUCUCAAAAUGGUAGAGAAAGACAAAGAAUUGGAGAACAUGGGUGAUAUGUUGCAUGGAGAAAUCCUCCAAGAAACAGAGGAAGAGGAAACAUGCAGAAAAUCAAAGAUUUUAGAGGACUUCUCAGUAGACCUCAGUAGCACAGAGGUGAAAGCUAAAGAAAAAACCUUUACUGAGAAUCAAGAACCGUUUUUUCAGGAAGUCCUAAUCACCAGAAAUACUAACCCAAAGACAUCAAAACCAGCAAAGGACAUGACUGAGAUGGCCUCAUUCCUCAGUGAGGACUUAGAGCAGUACCUUAAGAAAGUACAUUUGAAAGCUGAUCUGCCACCUGAUGAGGAAUUUGUACAAGAAACCUUUAAAGAGGUUGUCUUGACUUCUGAUGGCAAACGGCAUCCUCCUGAAAUCAAAAAGCCAGCACGAAGGAAACUUAAAGAUAGAGAGUUUGCAAGUGGAAGCUCAGAGGAUGAGCUCCAAAGGCUAAGUUCGGAGGAGUCACUGGAUGGAGAUUUAGUUCUUGGAGCACUUCAGCCAGUUACUGACCAAGUGCCUGCUUCUCCCUUGGUGGUGGAGACCCCUAUUGGCUCCAUUAAGGACAGAGUCAAAGCCCUCCAAAAGAAAGUUGAGGAAGAGAGAGAAAGUCAAGAGAGAGGGCCUCUACAACUAAAUACUCAUCACAAAAACUUGUAUUCUGUCUCAAAAGAGACACAGGAAUCACUACCACCAGUGCAACCUCUAAAAUCCCCCAAAUCCCCCAGGUCUCAGACUGAAAGGCUUGAGGAGACCAUGUCUGUCAGAGAACUGAUGAUGGCAUUUCAAACUGGGCAGGACCCUUCAAAAAGCAAAUCUGGUCUUUUUGAACAUAAAGCAUUAACAACUCUGAUGACAAAUGCUUCUCACAGCUCUGAGGCAGUAAUUUAUGAUGGACAUUGCGGGACUGAAACUCAUGAAGUCAGCAUGGCCUUGUCCACCCUAGACCCACAAGAAGACACAUCACAGGAAAAUACAAUAACUAUCACAGCUCUUCUCACACCAGAACAAACAUAUUGUGAAGAACUACACAAUAUUCAGGACAACAAUCAGUGUGAGCAGCCAUCAGUUAGCCCAGAGAUUAUCCAUUCAGAGGAUUUAUCAACCAACCCAAGCAAGACUCAAGCUGAUGAAGAAAGAAAUUUAUACCCUGCGCAAAAUGAUGAGGUUAAAAUGUUAUUAGGUGCAGAGAGACUUACCUCUGAUAUGCCAAACACAACCCCAGACAUACAAUUUCCUCAGGAUCCAUCAAGUCAAAGUGGAGUACAUACAGAUGAAUCAGUGAUCUGUUUUGAUGUCAUAAAAAAUGAGGAACCACAGUUUAGUCCAGACAGAUUGCUUUGUUCAGACCAAAAGGUCAAACUCGACCGACAAUCAUCUGAAGAACCACAGAUCAGCCCAGACAGGCGGCCUUCAGAGGACUUUAGUGCUGUCAUUAAAGAAGAGCUUGAGGACAGUCCUGAGUAUCAGCUGUUUAAGAAGACUUCAAUGAUACGAGUUUGUAACGACACAUACUACAAAGAGAUUAACACUACAGAGGACGCAGUAGGAAACAGCGAUUCGUGGUCUGCAUAUCAGCCUCAAGCUACAGUGCAGUUUGCCUCUGAUCUGACUGAAAUAGAAGAAUUUGUUGCUCUUAGUGAUAUUCAAAAUCAGGAUUAUGAUUCUCAGAGGAGUUACAAACAUGAAGAUGUUAAGGAUUCAUCUGACACUAGCCAAGGCAGUGAGACCCCACGCAAAAGCUCAGGGGCUGGUGAUGAGCAUGAGGGGCUGGCUGAGACCUCUCAGACAAGCCCUGAAACCCUCUCUGCCAAAGAGGCUAGAUCUCUUUUGGAGAAGGAGAAAGAGACAGAAGCCUCAACGAAAGGCACUGAGUUAGAGCCAGAUACUCAGUAUCAAAUUGGUCAGUCACCUCAGAAUCAAGAUAACAGGGGAGACCUCAAAUCCCCUGAGGAUUCUAAAAGAAACCUCCAAUUCACCUAUCCAGGUUCAACAGAGGAAGAUGACAUUUCUGAAGAUAGCCAAGGAAGAGUAGAAUUUGAGGGAGGAGAAUGUCAUCGUCUUACUGGUAUGGUAUCUCCCAUUAGACUUUCAACUUUAGAAGCUCUGCAACAAGCAACCAUUGAUGACACUGAAAGCACCAAUCAUAAACACUCAAUUGAGAUUAGUCCCACAGAGGAGGAUGAGUCUUCUCAUAAAUCUCCAGACUCUAUUGAUCCAAGUCCAACCAAGGAGUCUCCAUGCCCAGAUUCCCUAGAAGGAACUCCGGUUGUGGAAACAACAGGUUUCCCGUUUCCCAAACAGACGUGUUUAUCCUUUAGAGACUCUCAAAAUACUGAUACUUGUUCCACUAGUGACAUUCUAGGGGAUAUAGAGAAAGAAAAUGAAAUACAAAUGAAUAGCGGACAACCCAAAUCUCCAGAGAUCCUAAGGUCUCAUGAUGACUUGAGAUUUGACCCACAGUGCCUUUCUAUGACCUUGAAAGCAUGUAUAUCUCUACCAGAGGAUGGAAAAAUGGAGGAAACUCAAGAAAGCAGCAAUAUAGAGAAAAGGAAGUUAACGCCUGAGGAGGGCAUGUUUAAAAUGGCGGCGAAGAUCAAAACUUUUGAUGAAAUGGAAAAUGAUGCCAGAGUGAGGAGAGGGGUUAGUUUUGAAGAUUCUUGUUUUGUUCAAGAUAUACAUGCAGAUAUACAUGCAGAAAUACAUGCAGUAGAAGAACACCUCAUGGAUUUUGAGAUAGACCUAACCAAAGAGUCAGAGGAAACGGAACACACAGAUCUUGAACCAGUCCCUGUACUGUCCUAUUCUUUCAGUGAAGCAGAUGAGGAUGGUUUUGAGGAUGCUAAAUUACCUCACAAGGAGUUAGGACGCAUCACAGUUGACAUUCAGGAGUCUAAACUGAAGACAUACAAUGUACAAGAUGAUAAAAUGCUAGUGCCUGAUUCACCAGAGCAAAUGAAUGACUCUUUACAAAGAAAAAUUGAGAAAGAAAAUUCUAAUGAGUGCCUAGGCAUAUCUCAGGAUAAAGCCUGUGAGAUUACUGUGCAGGGUGAAGAACGUGUCAUGGUAUCAGAGGGGUUCAGAACAGUUAUCAUGGUUGAUGAAGAUACAGACACAAAGCACCAACCAAGCCACGAAAAGCUGGCUGACAUAGCCUUAACUAAUGAAGUAGCUGAAAAUGUCUUUAGUGAAAUAUCACAAGACAGUCAAUCUUUUGAUGAUCAUAUAUUUUCUCCCCUUGAAAGAGAGGAAUGCAGUGAUGAAAAAGAUGAAGUAGAAGAAGAGUCAUUAGAAAUACCAGAACCCUAUAAAGGAGAUUUGGUUCCAUGGAGUGCCGAGCCAGAAAGUGAAUCCUUUAAUACAUGGGUAGGAGCAGAAGAACAAGAAGCACUGCAUUCAGCUACAGAUGGGCAAUCCCUUGAGACCACACCAAAUACACCCUCAGGCCAUACCCCAUCAGUGGAGGGGGCUCCCGAACCAUUUCUCUUCCAGGAGGGAAAGCUAUUUGAGAUGACCAGAGGUGGUGCUAUUGACAUGACCAAAAGGAACUUGACAGAAGAGGAUGAAGGGUUUGUGUUUUUUCCAAUAAAUGAACGACCUAGUAUUCUGCAGCAGGAAUUUGUUGACACUGCUAUGUCCACAGUGGCUAGAUCUGUUUACUCAGAGCAGGAUCCUGAGUCCUCUGCUUCUUCCCCUGAGGAGGACCAGCACUCUGUUAUUGAAAUUCCUACACCUAACCAUGAUGCACCUAAGGAUUCAUCUCCAGCUGUGACAUCUCCCAGAGAGAUGUUUUGCCUUGGAGCCCGUCAAAUUGGAAAUUCCCAUGGCUCGUCAAAAAGUGAACAUGGACCGAAAUACUUUCAAGAAAAACAGCACAAAUCCAUAGAUGUGGACGUCUUUGAGACGAGGCCUUGCUGGGAUGAUUCCGUCGAGACUCAAAUGCAGCGAAUCUCAGGCAGCACUACCCCUGACCAAUGUCAAGUGACUUGGCACGAUAAUGCUGAUAGGAAGGAGGAGACUUUGGCAUUACUUGCAGAUCUUCUCGGUUUCAGCUGGACUGAGCUGGCCAAGGAGCUGGAGUUUACUGAAGAUGAGAUACAACAGGUGCGUAUGGAUAACCCAAACUCACUGCAGGAGCAAAGUCAUGCACUUUUACAACGCUGGGCUGAGAGAGAGGGGAAGCAUGCAACUGAGCAAUGUUUACUGAAGCGACUUACCACAAUUAAUCGCAUGGACAUUGUCCACCUCAUUGAGACACAGAUGAACAAAUCCACCCAAGACCAGACAUCCAGAACUUAUGCAGAGAUUGAGAAGACUCUGGAUCACAGUGAAGCACUCUCUUCAGUCCAGGAAGAUAUUGACAGCCCCCGGAUGGUGAGGAGAUUAGAAUCUUCACAGAGGCACCCUCCUGCGGUGUCAGAAGAAGACCUGUCGGUUGCUUCCCUUCUUGACGUUCCCUCUUGGGCAGAAACUAUUGGACAAACCCACUCAGAAAGUAUUCAUGGCGACCUUUUGGAGGAGCUUGAGAUCACACAGUGUGUUUCAGGUUCCCAAGUUUCAACUGAAUCUAGGCAAGAACAGGAUCGCAGUCGUGAAGUAUCAGGCCACACAGAUCAUUCAGCAGAAAUUGUAAGGAGAACAUUUUCAUCAGAAGACCAGCCACUGCAGGCAGAACCAAAUCAAUACGUCUUUGAUUUCAGUCAGCAUUCCAUUGAUAGGCUCACAUCUAGUGAUGAUUCAUUGGCACUUACAACACCUGAACCUAAUCAUAUAGUUCCUGACCUGCUGAAACAUCCUUCCCAAGACAGUUGUGCUGAUGUGCCAGCCUCUCCCUUCUGUGAAUCACAGAACAACACAGUGAUUUUACAAAGCACCACGGUUAUUCCUUUGCUGAGGAACAAACGGGCUCUGCUGAGGAACAGACACGUUCUGCUGAGGAACAAACACGUUCUGCUGAGGAACAAACAUGUUCUGCUGAGAAACAAAUGGGUUCUGCUGAGGAACACAUUGGUUAUUUUGGUUGUCAAAAUGAUAUUACAGAACUACGCAGUGAUUUUACAAAGCACCACGGUUAUUCCUUUGCUGAGGAACAAACACGUUCUGCUGAGGAACAAAUGGGUUCUGCUGAGGAACAAAUGGGUUCUGCUGAGGAACAAACAGGUUCGGCUGAGGAACACUCACGUUCUGCUGAGGAACAAAUGGGUUCUGCUGAGGAACACUCACGUUCUGCUGAGGAACAAACGGGUUCUGCUGAGGAGCAAAUGGGUUCUGCUGAGGAACGAUCGGAAGGCAGAUAAUGUCCCUGAUAUCCCUCCAGAGGCUGCGUGUGAGGAACAGCACGCAGACCAACAUGGGCAGCUGGGGAUGGGACAGGGUCCAGACUCAGAAGAAGAAGACUCACUGGAUGCGCUGGGGGAUGCUGAGGGCAGGGAGCCAGGGAACCUUUAG